CCCUUCCCCGCACCAGAACGAGCCUCUUCUUCUCCGUGCCACAACCGCCUCUGCAAGUCCGAUCCGGGAGCCGUCGCUGGGGCCGUUAACGCCGGCGCGUUAGUGCUGGUCGCCUGCGCAGGCCUCAUCAUCUGGUUUCGCUUCCGGGGCAUCCGAUUGCGGCGCGCCGCUGGCCUGCUCGAGAUACUGGCGUCGGAGAUGGUCAGGGCACCUCGUGAAUUCAGCUACCGGACGCUGAAAUCGGCGACGCGGAACUUCGAUUGCAGCCGGAUAAUCGGGCACGGCGCAUUCGGCACUGUCUACAAGGGGGUGAUCGCGGAGACAGGGGCCGUGGUGGCGGUGAAGAGGUGUAGUAAUGAGAGCGGCGGGCAGGGGAAGGCAGAGUUCCUAUCCGAGUUGUCCAUCAUCGGUGCCCUCCGCCACCGGAACCUUGUCCAACUUCUGGGAUGGUGCCACCAGAAAGGGAGACUGGUGGGGUCGGUAGGCUGGCCCGUAUCAGAGAUCCUCCUGGUCUACGAAUUCAUGCCCAACGGCAGCCUCGACAAGGCCCUCUUCCUCCCGGCGCCGGUGCUCCCCUGGCGACACCGCCGCCGGAUACUCGCCGGCGUCGCCAGUCACGACAGUGGUGGUGGAGGUCGCCGGCUGGAGAGCGAGCAGCGGUGGUGGUGGAGGUCGCCGGCUGGAGAGCGAGCAGCGGUGGUGGUGGAGAGCGAGCGCCGGCGGGAGAGCGAGUGGUUGUGGUGGUGGAGGGCUGAAAGCGCGGGAGCGCGGGAGAGGCAAGAGACGAGAGAGGCAAGAGACGAAAACGGAAGCUUCUGGACGACGACGAUUAACGACAACUAAAAGCAAUCAAGAAACGAUUACUUCCAUUCUGGUCAUCCGCUCGACCGAUCAUUUGAAUUUUGGAUUUAAUUUUAUUUGAAAGCAGCAUU